AUGGCUCACGUCUCGCUGCUGCUUGUUGCCGGUGGUGGGGGUGACAAUUGGCAGGAAGGAGACGGUGUUGGAGGGUAUGAUGUGCAGUGCAGGGAGUGCAUGAUGCCGGCGAUGCAGCUGAGCGCGGAACAGGGCGGAGAAGGGGAAGAAGAAGAACAAGGCAGAGAGAAGGAGAAGGAGAGCGUUGCGGAUGAACAAGAGGACGAAGUGUCGCCUGCGAAACCACAUGUGACCAUCACGCCCAUACUGGGCUGCAGACACGGGCCGGCGUCAAUUGCAGGGCACGUCAUGCUUGCAGAUCACACCAGGGUCGCUGCUGCCAGCAGCAGCGGUGGCAUUGCCUCUCAGGCCGAAGAGGCACAUGCAGUUUCAGACCGCCGCUUACACCGACAGCACGUCCUCUUACUGGGCUGUCCACCAAACCAACCUCCGGAGAAGUACCUUCAGUUCCUGGGCCCAAUUGAGUGUCAACUCCACUCUGUGACCUUGCUUCAGUUCAGCAACGCACCAACACAGUCCCCAAACGCAGUGAUCAUCCUCAGUCUUGACGGUGCUGCUGCGUGCAAGGACAUCUGUGACACUUACACGGGCCAGAGUUUCCCCGGCGCUGAUGCCCGCUACGUCUGCCUCUGCUUGCCAAUGAUCAACUGCAUGCUCGUGCGCGAUGUGGAUGUUCCUGUGAUUGCGCGAGAGAGCAGUUUGCGGGCUGUCCUCCCCGGUGCCCUCCCCUGCUUGCUCCUCCUCGACGAACCCGUGGCACACAUCGUCCCAACCAUGUACCGCGAGAGAAGAGACGCAGCGCUCGGUGACGGCACUGCCAGCCCGCUCACCCGUGUGCGAGCCCUCAACGGCUGCCUGUCGCUGCACUCCUUCCAUUGCACACCACCGCAACAGCUCGAAAACGGGCGAAUCUGGGACUUUAGUGGUGAUCGCUACGUGCACUACUUGCCAGGCGGUGGUGGCACGUCCGGCAGUCUGCCCCACAACCGUAUCGGGCCCCUGCUGGCGCGUAUUCAGUGCGAGGCGGUGCAGGACAAGCAGAAGCAAGAGGCACUGCUUGAUGAUUACGUGUCGCUGCUCUCUGUCCAGCUCUCAACGCAACGCGAGUUCUACAUUGGCCGCAUCGAUCGUCUUCACAGGCACCUCGACACCGGCUCGCGCGAGCUUCAGCAGGACAUUUCGCAGAUGAACGCCAUGAUCGCGUCUGUGUCGUCGCAACUGCAAGCGCUGCAGCACCAGGAAAAGAACAUGGAGGCAGAAGUGGAUGCCCUCACGGAGACAUUUGGCCAAGAAAUGAGCAAACUCACUGCCCUCAAGAAGGAGCGCCAGCAAUUGCAGGCUGAGCGAGAGGCAGCCGGUGCGCGCGUGUCGCAGGAACGCACCUCCACCAACGUCAGCAUUGCGCAACUAAAACGUGAUAUUGAAGCAACAAAGGCAGAAAUCUCAGACUUGCAAAUGCACCUUCGUCAAUCGAAAGCGUUUGCGCAGACGGGCGUGGAUGGCUCUGCCUCCGCACUGCUCAUCACCCAGGAGCAACGCAGGUCGUCUUCGUCGUCUUCAUCCUCAUCGUCGUCGUCAAAAUCACGGCACAGGCGACGGCGGUAA